CCUUUUUUACUGAGCCAUCUAAGAGUCACCCUUUCCUCUUCCACGCCACAUUGUGUGUUUUGACACGUUUUAAAGCUUGGCAUAUCAACUGUGACUUUAAUCUGGAUCAGAUGUCUCACCCCUGCUGUGCCCUUUCAGACUAAUGUGGAUGGAGCAAGCAGAGUUUGUCGUUUAAAGUGGGGAGGAUGGACGGCGCGUAGACUGGUAAAAAGUGAGGGCGAGUGGUUUGUCUGGGCCGUCAUCAGAGCAGGAAGUUCUGAGUGUGGUUGAUCAAGCGGAACAGAGGAGUGAAGCUGCUGUUCUACCCUUCCUUAUACAACAUUACAGUACAGGGUGCAGACACUGAGACAGGAGAGAAGAAGGCAGGUCAUGCAGCCUGUUUGACUACAGAGGAGGCUGUCUGGGCCCUGUGAUGGCAUCUGCAGGUCCAAAUCCCGAGGGUGGUAGACCUGCUUCCAGGCAGGAGUCUGGGGGUCGGAGGCUGUCCUGGCUGGUCCUGCUGCUGACUCUGGCAGCGGUCACCUCCUCGUCUCUCUCUGCUCUGUCUCUGUACCACCUGCUGGCCCUUAGGGCCGAAGUUGAGGAGCUCCGGUCAGAGGUCUUCCGCAGGAGAGAGGAGCAACAAGAGGCUAGGCAUGGAGAGACACUGCAGCAGAUGAGCAGCAAGGCCAGAAGAAGCAGCACAGACCAUCCACACCCCCCUGACCCCCAGCCUGGGCUGUCUUUCGUCAGGAAGAGGAGUGUGGGCACAGGAACUGAGAACUCAGUGUCUCAGCCUUGUCUACAGAUGCUGGCAGAUAGCAACAGGAAAACAUUCCAGAAAGAGUUUGCGCUGGAGCCUUACACAGGGAUCCCCUGGCAGGCGGGGCUUAGAAGAGGCUCCGCCCUGGAGGCAGAGAGCGACAGCAUCCUGGUCAGAGAGGAGGGAUACUACUUUGUCUACAGUCAGGUGUACUACAUGGAUACGACCUUUGCCAUGGGUCAUGUGGUGAUCAGGAAGAAGAGGAACGUGGUGGGAGAUGAAGCUCAGCAUGUCACAUUGUUCCGCUGUAUCCAGAACAUGAACCCUAUCUACCCAUACAACACCUGUUACACAGGGGGUAUAGUGAAGCUGGAGGUCGGGGACAGUGUGGAGCUGUUGAUCCCUCGCUCUACAGCCAAAGUUUCUCUGGAUGGAGACUCCACUUUCCUGGGCGCUGUCAGACUGGCCUGACCCUGACCAGGGGAGUUGGACUGGGGGGGACUAGGAGAUACAAUUGCCAUCAUGUGGAAAUGGACACUGCUGGUACUAGAAGUUUUGAUCUGGUAGAUACUGGUGGUGGUGUACAAUAAUGAUUUUAAAUGAACUAUGGCUUCUGGGUCUGAUAGCUACAUUAUCUAUUCUACUAUGAUGCCAUCUGCUUUACAGAGUGACUGAGGGACGGACGGACAGACUCAGAAUCAUGGCCUAUUACUGGAGAGCCUGGCUGAUGAUGCCAUUGAUGAUGAUGAUGAUGACAGCAGUGUCAGCCUCUGUCACUGUGUGUGAUCUGAAAUGUUUGAUGCUUAUACUGGCAAGGGUCUCACCAUUCACUCAUAAACUUCUUAAAUGUUAUGAUCAUAUACAAUACACACAGUCAAGACACAGCCCCAGCCAUGACUACACAGCCCCAGUCAUGACUACACUUUGAUGCCUUGAUGAUCAUUUUGACCACCUGCAUACUAGUAAAAUAGACCCUGUUGUGUUUCAUGGUGUUGUAUCCUGUCUAUGACAAUGUUAUUGAAUGGUGCAGAGUGAGUUGUCAUCAUUCUACCAGAAGGGAGCAGCAGCACUCAAUUCAUUGGUUUCCCAAGCAGCACCUGACCAUGUAUUACAAUAAAUGCAGUUAAUCACUAUG